UGGUACUGAGUUCUAUGUAGUAUUUCUGUGUCAUGCUGCUUGCUCUCUCUGUGGCCCUUGCAAUUGUAAGCAAAGAGUAAGAAGAGGAGGUGCUGCUGAGAUCCCAGGGGAGGAUCCAUGGAACUGAAGAGAUGAGCAAGCCAAGCAGAAAAGGAGAAAGAGUUACAUAGGGGGGAGAAAAGGAGUUUCUUGGAGACACCAAGAGUUGUGCCUGCAAGCCGAGAAUCCCAGCUGUAGCUGUAAGAAUCAGGAGCAGUGUCCUCUGCUUCAGCACCACACAGGGAAGGACAGCUCCCUGCAACAUUCAGGAUAGUACUGAGCUGCCUGUGUCAAUGCAAUUACUGUAUCUCUAAGAACAACUAGCCACAGAACCCUACCCAAGAGAACCUGCCAUCUAAUUCAUUCUCCGGGGGACCCUGAAGCACAAUGUACCAGGGACAUAUCCAGGUAGUAGGUGUGACCUUGAAGAAAAAGUGGUUCAGUCUUCCAAAAAGUGACUUGACCCCAAUUUUGGGGAAAAGCUCUAGGGCGGCAGAUAAGGCUGUUGCCAUGGUGAUGAAGGAGAUACCGAGACUGCCGUCUGCAGAGGAAAAACCCCUCCUUACUAUGAAGUCACAGCUGGUGAAUGAACAACAAGAAAGCAGACCCCUACUGAGUCCAUCAAUUGAUGACUUUUUGUGCGAAACCAAAUCAGAACCAAAGGCCAGGCCAGUAACUUCAAAUACAGCAGUAUUAUCUCCAGGGCUGGACUUUCUAGACUUAAGCGAACCAAUCACACCAACUCAAACUAAAGGGAAAAAAUCAGAUGUGACAUUAAAAGGGGAUGCAUCCAAAGGUCAAUCCAUAAAGAAGAAAGUGGAAGAACCUGAACUCCUAAAAGCAGAGACAGACAGAAGCACAAAGAGUAGCUUGGAUUUGGUGCACAUUCAGACACAGUUGGAAAAAUGGGGCGAUGGCCAUUUUCGAGGCGAUAAGAGCAGCGAUGGUCACCGGGCCCUAGAAAGAAAAUCAUCAUCAAAAGAGGCUUCCAAAGAGCUGUUAUGGUGUGCAGAUAUUAAACCUCCACCCGAUUCAGAAAAGGUAGAUAAUAUGGUGGAAAGAGAACCAGGAGCAGAGUUAGACUUGGUACCUACUUCCAGAGGACAACUCACUAGAGAAUCUCGCUUGGUGGGACCAUUUCUCUCCAGAAAUCAUUCUCUAGAAGAAGAGUUUGAAAGGGCAAAGGCUGCCGUGGAGUCAGACACUGAAUUUUGGGAUAAGAUGCAAGCUGAAUGGGAAGAAAUGGCUAGAAGAAACUGGAUUUCAGAGAACACAGACUCAGCAAGUCAGACUGGAACUUCAUCAAAAGAAACGGGUUAUUAUUUUCACAUGGACAAUCCAUUUAGAGAAUGUCUUGGUGCAUUUGAAGAGGGUAUGAACAAACUGAAAGAAGGCGAUUUGCCCUUAACCAUACUAUAUCUAGAAGCUGCAAUUUUACAAGAUCCAAAUGAUGCUGAGGCUUGGCAGUACCUUGGCAUAACCCAGGCAGAGAAUGAGAAUGAGCAGGCUGCUAUUGUAUCCCUCCAGAGGUGCUUACAGCUACAACCAAAUAACCUGAAAGCUCUUAUAGCUUUGGCUGUCAGCUAUACAAAUAUAGGCCAUCAGCAGGAUGCAUAUGAGGUAUUGAAGUCCUGGAUGAAGCAAAACCCUAGAUACAAACACAUUGUGAAGAGCAAGUCCACUUCUCCAGCUCCAGCAAGGAAAACACCAAAGCCAACAAGCGACAGUGCAUCUCUAGAAGAGGUAAAGGAGUUGUACCUCGAGGCAGUUCACCAGAAUGGGGAGCUGGUGGAUCCGGAUUUGCAGACAGGACUUGGAGUUUUAUUCAACCUCAGCGGAGAGUUUGACAGAGCUGUGGAUGCUUUCAACUCUGCCUUAGUGGUCCGACCAGAGGAUUACUCAUUGUGGAAUCGCCUUGGUGCAACACUGGCAAAUGGAGAUCGAAGUGAAGAAGCCGUGGAGGCCUAUUCAAGGGCACUGGAAAUACAGCCUGGCUUCAUUAGGUCUAGAUACAACUUGGGAAUAAGCUGUAUUAACCUUGGGGCUUACAGGGAAGCUGUUAGUAAUUUUCUGACAGCUUUAAGCCUACAGAGGAAAAGCAGGACUCAGCAGCAGUUCCACCCUCCCGUCAUCUCAGGUAACAUUUGGGCAGCACUCAGAAUAGCUCUUUCCAUGAUGGACAAGCCGGAGCUGUUUCACGCUGCCAAUGUGGGAGACUUGGAUAUCCUCUUGAGAGCUUUUAAUAUAGAUCCCUGAAGCAGUGUGUGAAAAUCUCGUAGAUGAUGAUCCAACAAGAAGAGGCUUUCUCAAGAGAUUCGGAGAAUCACAAUAUUCAGCACUUCCACUAGACAACAACUUGGCAAAUGUUUUCCUUACCCAAAGAUUGCUGAGUUAUGUCUCAAAAAAAAGCACAAAACAGUGAGAAAUGGUGGUAAACAUAAUAAUAGAGUGAAUGCUUACAUAAAUAUGUCACUAUAAUAUUGAAAUAUGAAUGUGUUUUAGACCAACAACGGACAUCCAUAAGUUUAAGAAAUGUGCAGGGUGAAGAAGAAAUGUUCCAAAAUAUGGAAUACCUCUUACUCUGGAUUCCUGCAGCUUGAAAUGCAUGGGAUGGGAUCUACUACUAGGUGCAUGAAGAUAUAUUUACUUCUUAAAAUAAUUAUUUGCCGCCUGGAAGACUAUUAGACUUGUUUAUGGAUAUCGAGUAGUUUUAUUAGAAGUGUCUUUAAU